GAAAGCUGCCACCAAAAGCCUUGAGUCACGUGGGGUGGUCCCACGUGAUUGGAGGUCCCGGGUCCAACAUGGCGGCCUCCAUGGGUCGCUGGCUUGUCUUCCUCUUUGCGCUGCUCGGCUUCCUCCGGGAGGCGACCAGCAGCCUCGGCUCGGGGGCCUCCCGCGACGAUGACUUGCUGCUGCCCUACUCCCACGCGCGCGCGCGCUUCGCCCGGGACUGCACGAGGGUGCGCGCCGGCAGCCGCGAGCACGAGAGCUGGCCACCUACCCCUGCGACCCCCAGCCCCCGCGGUCUGGCGGUCCGCACCUUCGUUUCACACUUCUCGGACCGCGCGGUGGCUGGCCAUCUGACGCGGGCAGCGGAGCCCCUGCGUACCUUCUCGGUGCUGGAGCCCGGUGGGUCUGGCGGCUGCGCUUCGAGGCGCCGCGCCACCGUGGAGGAGACGGCGAGGGCGGCUGGCUGCAGCGUCGCCCAGAACGGCGGCUUCUUCCGCAUGGACACGGGCGAGUGCCUGGGGAACGUGGUGAGCGACGGGCGCCCGGUGAGCAGCGCCGGGGGGCUGCAGAACGCGCAGUUCGGGAUCCGCCGCGACGGGACCCUGGUCACCGGGUACCUGUCUGAAGAGGAGGUGCUGGACACUAAGAACCCAUUUGUGCAACUGCUGAGUGGGGUCGUGUGGCUGAUCCGCAAUGGAAGUGUCUACAUCAACGAGAGCCAGGCGGCCGAGUGUGAUGAGACACAGGAGACAGGUUCUUUUAGCAAAUUUGUGAAUGUGAUGUCAGCCAGGACGGCAGUGGGACAUGACCGGAAGGGGCAGCUGGUGUUCUUCCACGCAGAUGGGCAGACGGAGCAGCGGGGCAUUAACCUGUGGGAGAUGGCAGAGUUUUUGCUGAAACAGGAUGUGGUCAACGCCAUCAACCUCGAUGGAGGGGGCUCUGCUACCUUCGUGCUCAAUGGGACCUUGGCCAGUUACCCAUCAGAUCACUGCCAGGACAGCAUGUGGCGCUGUCCGCGCCGCGUGUCUACUGUGGUGUGUUUGCACGAGCCCCGCUGCCAGCCGCCUGACUGCAGCGGCCAUGGGACCUGUGUGGAGGGGCGCUGCCAGUGCACGGGGCACUUCUGGCAGGGCGCUGCCUGCAACAAGCUGGACUGUGGCCCCUCCAACUGCAGCCAGCGCGGGCUUUGCACAGAGACUGGCUGCCGCUGUGAAGCUGGAUGGACGGGGUCCAACUGCAGUGAAGCCUGCAGCAACGGCUCCUUCGGGGAGGACUGCGCCAUGAGGUGCCAGUGUCAGAAUGGAGCUGCCUGUGACCCAGUUGGGGGGACAUGCACCUGCCCUCCUGGCUUUACUGGACAUACCUGUGAGCAGGAGUGUCCCCUCGGCUGGCACGGGCCAGGCUGCCAGAGGCGUUGCGAAUGUGAGCACCAGUGUCCGUGUGACCCCCAGACCGGCAGCUGUAGCCUGGCCCAGGCGCCAGCCCUUAACAGCAUCCUCUCCCAAGUGAAGCAGUGUUUCCGGCCAUCCGAGGCCACCCUGAGGACAGGAGAACUCUCCCUUCUCACCGGGACCACCUGGCUGGCCCUCACCUUGGCCCUAGUUUUCCUUCUGCUGAUCAGCACGGUGGUGAACGUGUCCUUGCUCCUUGGUUCAAGAGCAGAGCGGAGCCGGCAUCUGGAUGGGGCCUAUGUUUACCACCCACUGCAGGAGAUGAAUGGGGAGCUCCUGGCUGGGGAGAAGGAACAGCAGGGUGAUGCCCACAACCCCUUCAAGGACUGAAACCUCCAGCUUCCCGUCAAAGCCUGCUCUGAAGGCUCAUUUUGUUACGGUCUGACUUCCACAAGGGACGUUUCAGGACCGCUGACCAUCUGGGUGAUCUCAGCCCUGGUGCCAAGCCAAGCUUCUGAUAGCACCUGUGCCUCAGCCCCUCAUCUGGCCCUGGGCUCUCACCUGGUCACCUGCUGUGACCCAUGCAACCCUAGCAAUACAGUGCUCCCUGGAGAGAGACUGCUCCUUCCCUGCCUGCCUGUGUCUGCUGCCUGUGAGGGCUGCUCUGCUGCCCAAGAGCCUCCGGCCUCCUGAAGCAGGAGCUGUUAGCGAUGGAACUCGCCGUGACCGCACCAUGUCUGAGUGGCAGGGUCCAGCCAGCCCCCCCUGGGCAGGGGUGGAUUAAAGAGACGAUGGCUACGUCACGGGAUCCUUUUCCACAGACCUCAUCAUGGAAUUUGCCAAUUAGAAUUCUGUUUCCUAUCAUAGGAAGCUCCUUGGAGGGGACAGGGGAUGAAAUCAUGUUUACAAGCUUUCUAUUUUGGCAUCCAGCCGCCAAGACAGUUUUUCUACCACUUGAAUAAAUUGAUGUAAUUAAAGGA